AUGACCUUUGCUAUUAUCAGAAAAUGUGCCAAACCCGGUCUCAAAAGUGCAAAAGGUCUCAAUUUGAUUAUGAUUACUGUCAACAUUCCAAAGCGACGUGCACGCUGUUUGGGAGAUGCUCAGCAGCUCGACCCGCAUCUAUCGUUUGCCUGCCACUUGACUCCUCGUUUGAGUCAUUCAAACAUUGGUUUCCACGAUCUUUAUUGGAACUACAAGGACGACAAGCUUCGCAAACGACGUGUGCGUGUCUCCAAACUUGUGCGACUGGUGCGGCUGGAGGGAAUGCCAAGAGAAAGUCCGAUCUGCUUAGUUCGAACAGCUCUUUACGAUCGAAGCAGGAAAACUGGCAGGCAAAUUGUAAAGCAAUUUUUCGAUCUUUCAUUGGUCAGUAACGUGCAUACCAUAAGAUCCCAGGUCAAGAAUCGUACUUGGACUUUUAACAGUCGGGUAGGACGAAGCAGUCAAGAAUAUAUAAAAUUGACGGACACAACAUCAUCUGGCGUGGACUAUGGAGAUUUCGUUGUUCGAUCAAACUACAAUAUGGAUGAUGUCGUGCUUCUGAUCGAAGCUUCUCAUAUCGUUGAAACUCCGGCUGGUCCCGAAGAAAGAAGUUUAGGCAUCAUUACUAUACCGCUAAUUACUAGAGGACAAGUAUCAAUAGCUAACAAGACAUACUCUGAAUACUUACGUGGAGAAAAUGUUUUCGAUCCCACAAGGGAAGGAGCACAGCCUACUCAGUUCAAGAUCGUUUUGAAAGUCCUUGAUGUUCCACAGGAGCUGGUACCUCUAGUCGACUCGAUGCCUGAUGUAUUGCUCUUCAAUCCAAUGUUUGUGAGGUUGUACUUCUUCUUCCGACGCCGUGCCGGAACCACACUUUUGCGCGAUCGAGAUAAUCCCCUUAGUGCAGGCAAGUUGCAAGUUUAG